AUGAGACUGUACGUCGAAUUCGAAAUCCAAGAAGGAGCCUACGACAUAUCCUGUCCGGAUGCACAAUGCGGUAAACAGGGAAUCGUGUCGAUCGACGAAGUGGAAACGUUAGUCAUGCCGCGUAUGAUGGAAAGAUAUCGAAGGUUCAGGCUCAAUCACGAAGUCGACAUGGAUCGUAAUCGAACGUGGUGUCCUAGAGCGGGAUGCGAAACGGUUUGCAACAUUUGUCCGAGAGAAAAAUGUUCGCCGACGAGCGUUCACUGUCCCACGUGCGAUUCGGAUUUUUGUUCGAAUUGUAAAAACGGUUGGCACAAAGGGCUCACGUGCGAAGAAAAUUCUAAAAAACUCGCGAAGGAAGGACGAGUGGAUUUCAUGGAACCUGGAAUUCCAUUCGAUUCCGAUUCGAUAAAAUGUUGUCCGAUGUGUAGCGUUCCAAUAGAAAAAGACGAAGGUUGCGCUCAGAUGAUGUGCAAAAGGUGCAAACACGUUUUCUGCUGGUACUGCUUGGCAUCAUUAGACGAUGAUUUUUUACUUCGGCACUACGACAAAGGACCGUGUAAAAAUAAAUUGGGACACACGAGAGCUUCCGUCAUAUGGCACAGGACUCAAGUCAUUGGAAUAUUUGCUGGUUUGGGCCUUUUACUCCUCGUGGCAAGUCCUCUCCUACUCUUGGCCGCACCUUGCAUCGUCUGUUGCAAAUGCAGAGUUUGCAGCGGUGCAAAAUUGGAUGCCGACGACGAUCUACCGGAAGAAUCGGGAACGUGA